AUGUGGCUCUUUGCCAUUCGGAAGUUUCUACCACACAGCAAGCUGCAUCAGUCAGGCCACCCCCGGGCUUCCAGCGCCCAGGAUUGGGCAGAAUGGAUCCUUGUGGCGGCGGCCUGGCUGACCACGCGCGCUGGAGCCCCUCCAAGUGUCCCGGAUUCCCGGGUCCCUGGUCCCGAGCCUCGAGAGCACCCGGGAGGCCGGAGCCCAGGGCGUGGCAGCUCGCCCACGAGAGGCGCCGGGAGGAGGAGCGACGAGCGAGCCGAUCCUCGGGCCUGGGAGCCCGGCCCCGCGUCCCGAGAAGGCUGUCCCGGGAGGUCCGCUCGGCCGCCGCCCCACCGAGUCUCCGCCCCGCACGCCCGGCCCGCACUCACCUCGGGAGCGCUGCUGGCACCCGCCGAUGCUGCCGAUGCUGCCGAUGCUGCCGGAGCUCGUUUCCUGCUCGCAGAGUCCGGCUCCCCGCAGCCGCACGCACGCACGCCCGCCCGCCACGCACUUCUUCCAGGCGCGAGCGCGCGCGGUCCCGGAGCCCGCAGCCCAGCGCUGUCCUCGCCGCCGCUGUUGGCCACCGCCCCGCGGGGGCUGCCACCUGCGACGCAGUCUCGGGGCUCGGGUGCUGUAAGACUCCCUCCUCUUGGGCACGUGCGGUCCUCCACAGGCUGCCUGACCGCUUUAGCCAAAGAGCAGGAUUUCAUCCCGGGGCUCACUGGGAAAGAAGGAGGCCUGAGCAGGGAGGGAGUCCUUGCAUCCUCAGAAGGCGGGUCUCCUUACAGGUGUGCAGACAAUGAAAGGGAUGACAGCAUCAUUCGGAGCCCUGAAAGGAUUGAGAAAAGAUCAAGUUCUAAACAAGCUACCUGUUUUUUUGUGAUGGGAGAGUGUAAGGCUUAUCUGAAACCCUGACUGGAGUAGUCUACGAGAUGGAACCAUCUUAGCUACCUGCUUGAAGUUGUCCUGAGCAGUUUGUAGUCUGAAGUUGAUCUUUGGAUGGUGUUUGUCAGCUUAGUGUCAUUACCAUAAUCCAUGAAGAUUCAUUAUUGUGGAGCCCCAAUGCCUUUUUGGAGACUUCAAAGGUCACUGUUAGGAAUGGUCAUGGUUCAAUAAUAUGCAGCACAGUCUAUUAAAUAUAUUCAGGGUACACAAACUAAGUUCCUAGUUACCUGCUCUAGACUCAAGCCUGAAAUUACCUAGAGGAAGCUAGAUAAGACCUAAUUCUAGAAUAAGUUAGUGCACUCCAUAUGACCAUUAAUAUCAAGACAGAAGGUUUAAACAUAUAUAUCAAUCUUGAAAUUUUUGAUAUGGUAUUUUUAUGAAAUUCUGAGAUUCAAUCACAUUUACUGCCAAUAGUUGAUCAAUUUCAUCAUUACCACGUGCUAGAGGGCCUAGUAGACCCAUAUGGGAUUUACUUUGUGUUAUAUAGAGGGAUGAUUUCUAUUUCUCAUUAUUUAUUGUACUUGAAUAAAUAGCAAAGUUAAUUCUGAAUCAUCUGGAAGAAGUUCAGCAGUUUCAAUACAUAAAAAAAUCUCUGCAUAUUGAGAGUCAGUAUAUCAGGAGGUUCUGGAAAAUCAAAUAAUAUCAUGAGAAUAGCAUAUAAUUCUGACUUUGAGCCUCUUCACUUAUUUUUCUUGACUUAUAACCCGCCUUUCCUGAUUUGUUAGCAUCACUACAGAAUGUAGGGGCUCCAGAAGUUGGUAUCCCUUGCAUUCAGCCCAUGUUGAACUUUAUUUUACCUGAGAUAAUGUUUGAUUCCCAAGAAGCUGAACAUUUACUUGCUGAAGAGGAGAAUCUGGAUGCCAAGAUUUUGGUGAAAUUAUUGUAACAUAUGUACCUGUGUCUACCAAACCCGCGAAUUCAAUGCCAUUUACAUGUAUUUUAUCUUUGGUCUCUGAUUGUGUAUAGUCAUUUGCUAAAAUACUUAUUUUCUGGUCUGUCCUGAACCCUUUGUUGUAUCUAUAGACAUUGUACUGUCCUUGAUCAUGUCCAGAGCAGUGUGGGUUUUAACAACAGUUUUAAGUCUUCUAAUUGCUCUGUGGAUGGGUUUCUCUGGUGCUGACAAGGAAUGAUUGAGUCAAAUUUGAUAUUGGGACCUGGAGGAGGCCCCUUAGGGUAUUUCCUGAUGGCAGAGGGUCACCUUGUCUGUCCCUUGUUGAUCUGUAUCCAUUAUUCCACUGCUAGCCUUUGCCAUAGAUUCUGGGGCUUUCUGUUUAGAUUAUCUCUACAAAAGUUAUUUUUUUCUGGAAUGCUUUGUCUACAGUCCCUUUUCAGAUGACUUUGUUUACCACAAUGAAAGCAUCUGAUAUUUUUAUUUUUCUUAAAAAUUUCUGGAAAUUACUUCUGUCAAAGCAGCAUCAUAAGCAUAAGAUCUAAUAUGAGCUGUAUUUUGGAUUCAUUCAUCUAUGAAUGCUGAUCUUACCUUUAAAGGCCUAUCCACCCUUUUGCAUUCUGAAAGUAGAGUCUCAAAAGCCAGAGAUUUAAUUAAUAUUUGUCUAACUUCUAGAUCUGAUAUUAUUCUAUUUACAGUUGAAGUCAAUCUUUAUUUUAAAAAAAGUCAGUGAAGGCUUCUUUUGAGCCAUGUAUAAUUUUAGUAAAUGACUCAGUCCUCUUUCCUGAUUCUUCAACCCUGUGCCAAGCACGCAGAGCCUCAACGUGAACCCGAGAGGGUGUUUGGGAGAGGCCUGUGUGGCAGUAGGAGAAGGUGCGGGCUGGUGGUGGGGCGGCUGACCCCAGCAGUGUUUGGGGCUGCUGUAGAAAGACUGAUGAAGACGCCAUGGGCGUGGAAAGACAGGUGCAGAGGCCGUGGAGAGGGUGACAAGCAGCUAUUGCAGCACCAGGGGCGGGUGGUGGCGUGGUGUGGACAGCUGUGAUGUGCCGCACAUUAAAGAUGGUGCGGGCUUUCGCCUACCACCCUCCUGACGGUGAGCGCUCUUGGAGUAAACAACUCCUUAUGUGGUCAAGGCUCCGGUCCCGGCUUGCUCCCGUGUAUGUGGACCUAUCUGCUGUCGCCAAGUGGUGUGCUGGGGUUGGCUAUGCCUAGGCCAUAUAAGCUGUGGACUGGCUUUCCCCCGGGGGAGGAGAAGAAGACUGUUUCAAGGUUCCUGAAUAAACUGCUUGGAGAAGAAUUCCCGAGUCGCGUCUUCCUUGCUGGUCGAGGCAGACGCGACAGCGUGGUGGGUUCACUGCCUUGGAGUGGUCUAAUAAUUCCGUGUGCUGGAUGCCAGAUGUAAUUGUUAUGUAAAUUGUUCCAGUACAAUAAAAAGCUUGGGAGUCAGAGAUUGAGAUAAAGACCUGAUAAAUCCAAGGACAGGGGAGAGUCAAUUGCCUGUCUCUCUCUUCCCCUUAUUCCUAAACCACCAGUCCCAGGAGGCCCCUCUUCUCUCUUCCUGUCCUCACUAGCAAGCUUCCCCAGUCCUCCAAGAACUCUGUGGCUAAUCCCAAUGUCCCGAUGGCUGGCUCUGUCCUUUGAUUCAGGGAGGCUUUAUUGGCGCAGUGAAAUACCUGUACUAACAAUUCUCCCACAGCCAUGGUUGAGUAUUUGCCUGGCAUUGUUGUGUAACAGUUUCCUUCUAGAUUGAAACAUUCCAUCCUGCAGGAAGUUCCUUAAAUAGGAAGGUAAACACUUCAAAUUAGCUUUAGGCAAUCCCUGGAUCUGACCAGAAAGACUAGACCCUUCCCCACCAGAGUAAUCAUUAACAGCCAAGAGUACUCCUCAGAUGGAAGGAAGCUGAACUGCUAAGGAAACUCUCAGACAACCUCAGCAGCAAAGAAGCCUCUGAUAGGAGAAGGGGGCAAAGAAGAUUCUUGAGAGCAGACCAGCUGUCUAGAGGCAGCAGAAACCAGCCAAGCUGCCUGUAGAGGUGUAGACCAUAGUCACCCAGUAAAGACACUCUCCAACCUGUUGAGCUGCCUGCAGCCUGUGCUCUAGGUUCCUGGCUUCAGUGAACUGUCAUCCAUGCUGGGAUGGACCUUGGUGGUGCAGCUAUGCUUAAAUGAUUUCUGCUUCUUGCAAUGAUGAUGUGCUACUGCCUUGGACACCAAAGCAAUGGGAGCAGUUCCCCAAACUGUGAGCUAAAAUUUGUCUGGAGAUGAAAACCAGAAUGUUACAGAAAGUUAGAAUCUAUGCAGUACAUGUUCCACACUGAAGAAAGUUUCUGAUCUACAGUGAAUGCUGCAGCUACUUGCUCAGUUGAAUUACUCAACACGUGUUUUUCCAAAAUCUCAUUGUACCCCCGUCUUGCUUCACUUGGUGGAAACUUUGACAACUUGUUAUUCUUAGAAGCAGCUGGGAAGUACUCCCGAUUGAUGAUCUGCUGCCUUACAUUCAGUCCUCCCUCGAACAUCUACAUCUUUCGUUCUCUGGAGCGUUUUCCUGCAGUGCCUCCUGUCUUGCUGAAGUGAUGGAUGCUGCUGCUCCCUGCGAUUGCAGGCAGUGUCUUCAGUCUCUCCUCUGCCUCCUUCUACGUUACAAAAUACCUGCAGGAGUGAUUCUGGCAUGAGUCUGACACUAAUCUAUCAACACAAUGUAUUCACAUCUCUGGCAUCAGUUGAUUGUUAAUGAAUCAACCUGAUUUGAUGGUUCUUAUCCUUGCCAUUUGGUAGAUGAAGACAUUUGCCACCAUUAUUGGGGCAUCUCCUGGCAAGACCACAAUGCCCGUGUGUCAUUAAAGGGCCUGGAGAUGACCUGCUCUGGAGAACAGCAUCUGCUUUAUCGCACAUGAGCAAGCAGUUACCUGUGGAAACCUACCCACUGUGAUUGGCUGGCACAUUACCUCCAAUUGGAUAGUGAGUGCUUUUACCCCCACUGUCUCUGUGUGGAAAGAACAUUAAAAGAGACCUGAAUAGUGCAGAGUUGUCUGCAGGCCAGCUACUGGCUACUCACGCCAUUUCCCAAUUCACAUUUGUGACUUCUGGAGCACAGUGUACCGUGCUUCUUAUUUAGAAGUGCAAUGAGCCAAGUAGGCUGACCGGGCAUUUUCCCUUACAGACAUUUACCAGGCCAUCUGAAGAUUUACAAGCAAGGGCCAAUCGCAGAGUUUUCCAUAAACUUUGAUGCUUUUUGUGGAUCCUCAUUUGAUUAAAGUAGCACCAUUUACCAGUUA